UGGCGUAUUUCAGCUAUGCAGGCGGGGGUUCAAGGCCAGAACACCUCCAUCGGCACAGGCAAGCAUCUUAACUCAGAACCGGUUCGCCCUCUCCACGUCCCCAGUUUGCCUUCAGCCCCUGGUGAUGUAAUAGUGGUAGGUGAUUCUAUUGUUAGAAACCUCAAUAUCGCAUGCCCUAAUCGAAAAUCGUUUGUUUCUUGUUUUCCCGGUGCUUGUGUCCGAGAUGUGAUGAGACAUGCGCCGGCAAUCCACGAGAAGCACAAGAACAGGGCAGUUGGAGCAAUUGUUUUGUAUGCCGGCGUAAACGAUAUAAGGCACCAACAAUCAGAAAUCCUGAAGGCUGACUUCGCAGCAUUAAUUAAAGACACGAAGGAGAGGACCCCAUCGGCAAAGAUCUUCAUUUCGGGUCCACUACCCCUCGUCAGACGAUCAAACGAGUACUACACUCGUCUGCUAGGAUUAAACAACUGGCUGCAGGGCUUCUGCAAGAAUCAAGACAUCGGGUUCAUCAACAACUGGGACCUCUUUUGGGAAAGACCGCGUUUCUCCAAGCGAGAUGGCUUGCAUCCGAAAAGUUUCGGCGCCCGGGUCCUCUCCGAAAACAUAUCUAAGCUUAAGGAUGGCUUCUUUCACCUGCAUGGAGAGCUCCUUUGACCGCAUGUUGUCUGUUCACAGCAAAAUCUUCCACAUGCAAGCACCACACCUCAAAUCAACUCCAGGCCUUUUAUCAGC